AUGGUUGACUUGCAAAUAGAACACAUUGGACAGCCCAUAAAUAAGUCUAUGCUUUCCGUGGGCACAGAAAUUGUCAAAAAGAAUAUGAAGAAUAUACUGGAUGGUGUAUUCUCAUACUCCACAGGAAAAGAGAUAGAUAUUCCUAUUAUUUCCAUUAUGAAAUCUCUUGUGAUUUCGGUUGGAAUUAUUUCCUUAAUGACAGGCGUACUUUCAAUAACCUGCCGGCUGGCAAGUGGCUGUAAGUCUUUAAUUGACAUGCACAGGGAAAAAAUAUUCAUGAAGCAACAAGCCAUAGUGGGCCCACAGAUAAAUAAUGUGACUGUAAACUCAAAGAGAGAAGAAUAUUUACGUAUUAUAUACAAUGGAUUAAUCCUAGUAUUCAUGGUUAUUUUUUGCAGUUUUGUAUGCCGUAUAAUUUGGUCUACAAUUAUAUACGGGUUCAAUGAGAUAAAUGUACCAUUAUUCCCUGGGAUACUUUCUGUUGUACUCUCUGUACUUUUGCUAGUGUCUUGUGAAUUUGUUAUCUGGGUUAUAUCAAAGAUUGCAAAGACCCUUGAUGUCCAGACUGCAUAUCCUCAUUUACGUGUUAUUUCCAUUGCCUUUAUGUUUUUGGUCUCUUAUGGGUUUGUAUUCCAGGAAGUAAUGGCUGCAUACUCUCAGGUGGUUGACUUUGGUCUAUGCAGUUUCUCAAAUAUUCAUGCCCUAACUGCCAUUUUCUUCUUGUUUUGGUUGUUCUUCUUUACACUUUCCGUUAUAUAUUUCUCUUUGUUAUCUCUUACCUUCGGGUUUGAACACACUAUGUCCUACGUGAAGGAGACAUUUUCGCAGAGUUACAUGCGCCCUACUACUUUCUCUGUGGCGUAG